AUGUUUGAUAAAAUUAAAGCAGUGAUAACUGACAAUGCAACAUCAAUAGUUAAAGCAAUAAGACAAUUAGGCACCACCCACCUUGGCUGUACAACACAUACUAUUCAUCUUGUGCAGCUUCUAGAACUUCAAGAAUCAACUUUAAAAUUGGCUAAAAGUUUGGAAAAUGAUCCUGACCAUACUGCUCGUGCCAAUGGUUUUAGCCUAAAUGAAAAAAUACUUUCUGAUGAAGAAUAG